AUGAAAUAAGAGUUGUAAAGAAAUUAAUCUGAAAGUACAUGUGAGAACAAUAAUAAAUAUAGGAAGAUUUCAAAUAAGAAUAAUAGGAGAGUUAAAAUAAAAGAUUCAUCAGAAUAAUAGCAAGAUUUAUCUAAAAAUAUUCGCAAAAUAAUGAAUUUCUCUUUAUCUGAAUAAUUUGGUACCUUAUUAGACUAAGAGAAUCAUAAUAUUUAUUAGGAUGAAUGUUUUUUGAAUCCAAAAGGAACAGAAAUAAUAUGUAACUUAUCAAGAAUGAAACAGCAUUUUUUGAAACAAUAUCAAGAUUAGUUUAUUUUUGAUGGAAUAUAGGAAAUCCAUAAUAAUAAAUAUGCAGUGUCUAAUAUUUUAUAUAGUGGAUUAUCAGCAUCAGCAUUAGCAUCAACAAAAUGGAAUUCUGUAUAAGCAAUGAGAAGAUUAAGAGCAGAAAGACCUUAAUGUUCUGAAUUUAAAGAGUAUCCAUUAGAUGAUAAGGCUAUAAAAGAAAUUGAAUAGAUGAAGUGUAAAAUAUAAUAUGAUAUUAUAAGAUAAAAUAAACAAAAAAAGAAGAGUUAAUUCAGAACAUUAAAAAGUGAAUGAAAAAUUAAUAUUAGAUGGUUCACAGUAAUUUAAUAAAUAUAUUGAAAACAUUAAAUAAUCAAAUAAUAUUUAUACUGAUGUUUACGGUUAAAAAAAGGGAGAAUAUGAUUUGAUUUUGGAUUUUGCAAAAAAAUAAAACUUAAAUGUUUGUUAAGCUGAAAAUGAUAUUUAAUUAAUUAAAUACAGAUAAAACCUUAGAAAUUAUAAAACAAAUUUAGAAAAUCAAUAAAACAGAAGAAUUUAAAGAAAGAAAUAUAUAGAUGAUGAUGAAAUUUAUGGAGUAAAACCAAAUAAGAUAGCAUCAUCAAGAGUUAAUUUUAAAAACAAAUUAAUAAUAUGA